AUGGAAAAUGAGAGGCUUUUAGGCAUGAAUAACUUCAUGGAGAGGGACUUCAGUCAUGAUCACAUUGAAGCUUAUGAUGAUGACGAUGAUUAUGAUGAUGAUGAUGAUGAUGAUGAUGAUGAUGAUGAUGAUGAUGGUGGUGACGACAAUUGUGAUGCGAAAUUGAUUGAUUUUCAAGAUUCACGCGACAGAGGAAGAACUACAGUACUGAUGCAAGUUAAAAUUAACGCUAUCAUUGCUGUUGAGAUGAUUGAAAGCUUGGAAGAAUUUUCAUAUGGGCUGUGCGCUUUAGAAGGUCGUGUACGAGACAACAAGUAUAGAAGGUCGCCAAUGAAAGAAUAUCUGCAAGACUACUAUAUUGAGACAGAGAAGAUGAUAGUAUCUUCUGACCAAACUGAAGCCGAGGAGAGAUUGGCCGCUGAUGAUUUGGAUGAAUAUGGCCCUGAGGAGGAGAGCACUUUGGAAAUGGAAGAACAAAAUCACCCUUCAGACAUUGGAGAGGACAAUAUUAUCGUUAUCGAAGAUUAA